AUGCCUGCAUGCGACCCCGGCGGCAGGGGCCACAGAUACGGGACUGUGGAGUGCAUCGAGCAGCGCGAGCUCAUGCGUGACGGUGGGGGGGAGCUCGCCGACCUGGCCAUAUUACUCACGCUGCACCCACGAAAGCACACGCACACCGAUAGAUGGAUGCAUCCAGGCCCCCGAGCCAUGGCUCUCUCACAAUCUCACCACCCACUAUCAUCCCGCGCUCCCACAUGUCUACUCCAUCCCAGCAUCGUCUCCUCUGAUACUUCCCGCCCCUCAACCGCGUCUGGCUCUGGCCCCCAAAGACCCGACUCAGAUGCCAUCCCAAAACCCUCGUCCCGCCCCUUCAAACAAAGACGCCACAGCGACGCACUGGCGAUGGGCGUUUCGAGCUGCCCAAUUGCAGCGCAAUGUCUGUCAGCAGGCAAAGUCGCUCACCAAGUAGACGCUGAUGAGACCAUCACCAACUCCUGCAAAAGGUUCGACAACCAACUCAUUGCUCAAGGUGUCACGGGAGCCACUUGGCGGCACGGAAGUUGA